AUGACAGAAUUACACCAACAGACUCGCCUUACAUAUUCGGCGCGGCCUUCGGUGUUGAGCUACGGCAAGGACAGCAACGUCAGCAUCCAGUACACGCCGUCCGUGCCCCCGUACAUAGCGCCGGAGAGCGUGUACGCAUCGGCGAGGUCGAUGGGCCCGAGCGCGCAGAUCAACCUCAACUACAACCUCACGUGGAUCCUCCCCAUCGACGCCGGAUUCUACUACAUCCUGCGGUUCCACCUCUGCGAGGUCCAGUACCCGAUCACGAAGGUGAACCAACGAGUGUUUUACAUCUACAUCAACAACCAGACGGCACAGGAGCAAAUGGACGUGAUCGCUUGGGGCGGGGGCAUCGGCAGGCCGGUGCACACCGACUACCUCGUCGUGACGGCGCCCGGCGCCGGGCAGACGGACCUUUGGGUCGCCCUGCACCCGGAGGUGGACACCAGGCCGGAGUACUACGACGCGAUCCUGAACGGGCUCGAGGUCUUCAAGCUCCAGACGCGGAAGUGGAAGGCCGGAUCGGAUGUCGUCCACGUGCCCGAGCCCGUCCAUAAGACACCGGCUCCUGUCCUCCAUGGCCCAACAGCCUACGUUUUCUCCGUCACGGCCCAGAAAUAA